AUGUCGCCCGGCCUGUUCCGCGACGGCUGGGACGAGAUGGGCCCGCCGCAGCUGGUGCGGUACGCGGCCGGCCAGCGGUUCGACCUGCACAGCGACUGGUGGGGGGUGCCGCGCGCCGCGGCCGACGGGUCCGGCAGGGGGUGGAACCGCGUCGCGAGCUUUUUGGUGGGCCUGCAGGACAACUGCACCGGCGGGGAGACGUACUUUCCGUACGUCGAGCCGCCCGUCGCGCCGGGGCCGGGCGGCGAGGUGGGUGGGGGCGUGCCGGAGACGGAGGAUCGGGAGAUGAUGCGGCGGUGGACGGGCAGGGAGCCGAUCUGGAGAAGGCACCCCAGGGGCGGGGUGGCGUUCCGUCCCGUGGCCGGCAAUGCCGUCUUCUGGGUGAACCUGCACGCCAACGGGACGGGGGACACUCGGACGAAGCACGCCGGGCUUCCCAUCGGCGAAGGACUAAAGACUGCCAUGAAUAUCUGGCCCAGGCAAACAGGACAAACAAAACAGCAGGCACUCGCCCAGGUGGCGUAA